AUAAUAAGCAGAUUGGCUAACAUGAUCCAAAUCCUGUAAAUAAAAAGUUUUGUAUCUUUCCCUCUUAGCCAUUCCUCACAUUCAUAUAUAUUGCUGACUGAGGCCGCCACACGAUAUCAAGUCUUGGCGAGAACCACGAUAGUGAAACCAUUCGUCAUAACCCAUCCACAACCAUCCCAAUCAAGUUCGCCGGCGACACCAAAACCACACCAUCCGCAGCCAUGAAAUACCUCCCCAUCCUCUCCCUCCUCCUAACCACAAUAACCGCUCUCAAACUCCAACCUCCAAAUCAACAACACCAACAACACCCAAUGUCGAAUCCCCCAAAUCUCGGUCCCGCCAUACCUCCACCCCCCUCCAACGACCCCUCCGACACCAACCCCCCUCCCUCAGAUUCCGCUCCCAUAAUCCUCUCCGACAUCCUCGGAAGCUCCCGAAAAAUCAACAUUUUCGCAGGUUUCACACGGGAUUUCGCGCCGAUAUCCCAGCGCUUCGAAGACCGCUCCCUCAACACCACGAUCCUCGCGCCGUUGAACUCGGCCAUCAUGGCGUUACCUAGAAAACCCUGGGAGGAUCCGGCGGAGUACGAGAAGCUCGGGGAGCAGGCUUAUGAGGGCGGUGAUGGACAGGGUCGGGCGCAGGAGAAUCUGAGGAGGUUUGUGGAGAGCCAUGUUGUGCCUGAUGCGUGGGAGAAGGGGUUGAAGUAUAAGACGCUUGCUGGGGAUGAGGUUUGGUGGGAGAGGAAGGGGGGUCAGAGGAUUGUGAGUUUCUUUCACGUUUUUUCAUUUGGGUUGGGGGUGGGAAGGGAAGAUGGAUUGUGGGUUUAUGGGUGGUGGAUGCGUGUGCUAACUACUUUGUAGAUUCAACCGGGGAAUAUUGAAGUUGAUUCUGUCUCGGAAUCAACUGCUAAUGGCGAGGUUUGGGUUCUGAAGGGAGUGAGGAAUUAUAAAUGAAUAGUGGGAUGUUGGAGUUGAGCGCUGCAUUUUUUAUGAGGGUUCAAUUUUUGUGUUAUAUACAGCAAGCGUUAUGGAUAAUAAUUUGGAUUAGCAAUAGGGACUG